AUGAACGGACAUAGCCAAAAGGUAUUGGUGCGCAACUUUGAGAAUGUGGUGCGAGGAGACGUUGCGUCCGUGGGAGGCAAGAAUGCCUCCUUGGGAGAGAUGAUCGGUGGCCUCAAAGCAGAGGGUAUUGCAGUCCCGCCUGGCUUUGCCACAACCGCCGACGCAUAUUGGCGCUACGUCGAUGCCAACGACAUCAGGGGGAAGAUGACCAAGCUGAUCGGGGACUGGCAAUCUGGCAAAGCGGCUCUUCCAGAGACUGGCCAUGCGGUGCGAAAUCUGUUUCUGCGUGGCGACUGGCCGGCGGACGUGUCGACCGCCAUCAUAACCGCCUACCAGGAGCUUUCUGCGCAGACAGGCAUUAAGAAUCUGUCAGUCGCAGUCCGCUCCAGUGCCACAGCCGAGGACUUGCCUGACGCCAGUUUUGCCGGCCAGCAAGAAACAUUUCUGAACAUCUCGGGUCAAGCUGCGCUUCUCAACGCCUGCCGACGCUGCUAUGCUUCGCUCUUCACGGACCGGGCUAUCAGCUAUCGCCAAACCGCACAUUUCGAUCACCUAAAAGUCGCUCUUUCUAUCGGGGUGCAACGCAUGGUGCGCUCGGAUGCUGCCGGGUCCGGCGUCAUGUUCACACUCGAUACCGAGAGCGGCUUCAACAAGGUUGUGCUCAUCAACGCAGCCUGGGGCCUGGGCGAGAAUGUCGUCCAGGGCACCGUCAAUCCCGACGAAUACCAAGUCUUCAAACCGCUUCUCACCAACCCCGACCUCGUCCCGAUCAUUGAGAAGAAACGGGGUGAAAAGGCGAUGAAGAUGGUCUAUGGGAAUGAGCACAUGCCAACCCGCAACGUGCCCACCUCUAAGGCAGAGAGGAACAGUUUCGUGCUCAACGACCCGGAAAUCCUCAAUCUAGCGCGCUGGGCGUGCAUCAUCGAGAACCACUACAAAUGCCCCAUGGACAUCGAAUGGGCCAAGGACGGCAUCACGGGGGAGAUGUUCAUUGUCCAGGCGAGGCCGGAGACCGUGCAAGCACGGCGUGAGGCUGGCGUCUUCAAAACCUACAAGAUUGGCAAAAAGGGUCGCGUCCUCGCGACGGGACUCUCGGUGGGCGAGGCAGCCGUGUCGGGUCGUCUGUGCCUUAUCGAAACCGCCAAGGACAUUGACAAAUUCGUGGAUGGGUCGAUUUUGGUGACGGAAACGACGGAUCCAGACUGGGUGCCCAUCAUGAAACGCGCCGCAGCCAUCAUCACCGACCACGGCGGGCGAACGUCGCAUGCGGCAAUUGUCAGCCGGGAACUUGGUGUUCCUGCAGUCGUUGGAACGGGGAAUGCCACCUACGUCCUUCACACGGGACAAGAUGUUACAGUAUCUUGCGCCGAGGGCGAUACCGCGUUUGUGUAUGAGGGUAUUUCCGAGAUCACCACCAAGGAAGUCGACGUGACUGGGCUACCCGCUACGCGGACAAAUGUCAUGCUGAAUCUCGCCAACCCGGCAUCUGCCUAUCGUUGGUGGCGUCUCCCCGCGGACGGCAUCGGCCUCGCACGCAUGGAAUUCGUCGUCAGCAGCAUCCAAGUCCACCCGAUGGCACUGGUCCAUUUCGACAAGUUGAAGGAUGAAAAGGCCCAGGCCGAAAUCACCAGGCUGACAGCGGGUUACAAGGACAAACCCGAGUACUUUGUGGACAAGCUCUCGCGGGGCUUGGCCUGCCUGUGCGCGGCCGUGUACCCAAAACCAGUAAUUAUCCGGAUGAGUGACUUCAAGACAAACGAGUACGCCAACCUGAUCGGUGGGAAGGACUUUGAGCCCAAGGAAGAGAAUCCCAUGCUAGGCUUCCGUGGUGCGUCGCGGUACUACUCGCCCCGUUACAAAGAAGGCUUCGCACUCGAAUGCCGAGCCAUCAAACGGAUCCGCGAGGAGAUGGGCUUUACGAAUGCCAUCGUCAUGAUCCCCUUCUGCCGGACAGUGAGCGAAGCCACAAAAGUGAUGCAAGUCAUGGCCGAGAACGGGCUUGUGCGCGGCGAAAACGGGCUCCAGGUCUACGUCAUGUGCGAGAUUCCCUCCAACGUGAUUCUAGCAGAGGAGUUCACGCGCCAGUUCGAUGGGUUUUCCAUCGGCUCCAACGACCUGACUCAGCUCACGCUCGGCGUGGACCGCGACUCGGCCGAGCUGGCCGACUUGUUCGACGAGCAGGACGCCGCGGUCAAAUGGAUGAUUGAGCGCGUCAUCGCCGUCGCUCGCAAGGCCGGGCGCAAGAUCGGCCUCUGUGGCCAAGCGCCCAGCAAUCAUCCCGAGUUUGCCAAGUUCUUGGUCGAGUGUGGGAUUAGUUCCGUCUCGGUCAGCCCGGAUAGUUUUCUCGAGGUCAAGAGGCAUGUCGUUGCGAGCGAAAAGGGUAAGGUCAAUGGGGGCGGGAUCGUGAAUGGGAAUGGGAAUGGGAGUGGUGCUUGA